AUGCAGUCUCGUGGGGAAGUUGGUGGAAAGUCGUCACCGAAAAAUGAUAGAAGAGAGAUUUUAGAGCUUGAGUUCCCCGAUGAUUGUUUGUUGUAUCUUCGGAAGAUUAAGAAUACUAGUAGUGGUUCGAUAUUUUAUUUGAACCCCAAGGUCAAGCUGAAUCAUGUUUCACGCGAUGAGGCUUAUGACGCCUCCAGAAUGAUUGUUUCUAAAGUGAACGUUGAUGCCGAUGAGAACGUCUACAAAGUUGCGUCCAAGAUUGUUGGUGUAAUGCCCCAAAAAUUUUCGAGUUGGGUCGUUACAGUUGGAGGCAAGGUUCAAAAUGUUGUUGACCCUAAAAAGGCUGCACUUCUUGACGACGAUGAUUUAUUGCAAUUUGGUUCUGAUGUUGAGGACUUAGAAGAAGACUUUGUUGUUCAGAACAUACACACAUAUGUAUAUGUUGUUUUAUUCAUUAAUUCAUAUUGUGAUGGAUCUACUGCCACGGAUCGUGUUUUUGUUUGUGUUGACAACCACUCUUAUACCCUCCCUGCCUUCGAUGAUGGUCCUGUUGAUGCUUCCAGUUUUGCCUGCUACGAUGAAGAUCCUAACUCAAUAUUUGUCGAUGCUUCUGAGGAUUAUGUUGAGGAGAAUGGAGGUUUUGGGUCAUCUAUGUCUUCUCGUGGGGAAAUUAAGAAUACUUGUUGUGGUUCGACAUUUUAUCAGAAUCCCAAGGCCAAGCUGAAUCAUGUUCCAUGCAAUGAGAAGAAUGAUUUUUCUAAAGUGAACGUUGAUGCCGAUGAGAACAUCUACAAAGUUGUGUCCAAGAUUGGAGUCAGGGUUCAAAAGGUUGUUGACUCUGAGAUAGCUACACUUUUUGAUGACGAUAAUAUGCUAUUUGGUUUUGAUGGAUAUAAGGCUCCUGCGGAUAUAUUGAGUGGUAAAGAAGGACUAGAAGAUGAAGAGCUUUUGCCGUCUGCCAGUUAUGUAAUUCAUCGGUGUAUGGAAUAUGCUGAGAAAUAUCAAAAUGAAGACGAUGGCAUUGAAGAUGAAUUUUUAUUUGAAGAGAGCAGUGAUGAAUAUGAAAUUUAG